UUUUAUUUGCUAUGAUGAACAGCGUGACCGAAGAGCAAUAACACAAUAACAAAGUUAUAGAUGUUGUCUUGAUGUUACAACUGAUUAUUUCUGGCUACAGAAAUACCAUUUUUUGACAACUCCAUUUCUUGAAAAUGCAUUUUUGUCCCCAAAAUAUCACUCUGACAGAGGUUUGGGUGAACCAUGGACUGUCACAUUGUUUUGUGGACACAUUUGGUAACUCUGGAUUGUUCCUCUUUAUCAGCAUUGCUGGGACUGUCCAGUAUUUCAUUUACAAAAAAUAUUCUACCCCUUUAGAUGACAGACUCCUUCCAAAAUCUAAUCUGCUAAAAUUACAAAUUUUUUUGUCAUUUUUCAUCCCACUUUUGAACAUUGUACAUUUUGGACUUCAAGCCACAGUUGUAGGAGACAAGCAAAUUUAUGGUCACAUGGUAUUAGCAUUCAUUCUAAUGAGUGUUAUGUGGCCCACGUCUGUUCUACUCAUUUUUCUUGAGAGACGGAGGGCUUUACCAAGCAUUCCAACAUGGGGUCAUGGCUGGGUAUUGCUCACUUUUUGGACAUUGAAUUUUAUCAUUGAAAACUUGGCAUUUCUGAAUUUAAAGAAUGAAGACUGGUGGUUUGAUUUAAGCAGUAUUUCAGAUAAAUUUGAAUUCAGCCUUUUUGUGUUGCGUUAUAUAUGCUGUAUGCUGGUUUUUGUCCUUGGCUUAAAAGCUCCUGGAAUUCCAACAUCUCAAGAUUACUAUCUUUACAACAGGAUACAUCUUAAUCAGGAGCAGAGUGAGCCUUUAUUAGAAGAGGGUUUAACUCAGUCAUCACAACAGAGAUCAACUUUUUCCAAUCUUUGGCAAAAGUCUCGAAAGCUAGCUCCUUUCAUCUGGCCUAAAAAGAGCUUCAGGCUACAAAUAAGAGUCAUUAUGUGCUUUACAUUGUUGGUUCUGGGACGUAUAAGUAACGUUUAUGUCCCCAUAUUCAACAAAAAAAUAGUGAACAGUUUGUCAUUACAACCAGGUGAGACAACCAUUUCCUACCGAUGGGACUUUGUUCUAAUUUAUAUUGCCUUCUGGUUUUUACAAGGACAAGGUAACAACAGUUUUAUAAAUAAUAUAAGAUCAUUUUUAUGGAUCAGAGUGCAACAGUACACAGUAAAGGAAAUUCAAGUGGAACUUUACGCUCACUUGCACAGUUUAUCUUUACGGUGGCACCUUGGCCGUAAAACAGGAGAAGUUUUAAAGAUAAUGGAUCGAGGAACCAGUAGUGUUACCAGCUUACUGAGCUACAUGUUAUUCAACAUCCUACCAACAGUGGCUGACAUCAUCAUAGCGAUAAUUUACUUUAUAACAGCUUUUAAUGCCUGGUUUGGACUAAUCAUGUUUUUAACUAUGGGUGUUUAUUUGACUGUUACUAUAAUUCUCACUGAAUGGAGAACCAAAUUCCGAAGAGACAUGAAUAUGUUGGAGAAUGUUGCCCAAGCUAAAGGAGUGGAUGCUUUACUAAAUUUUGAAACUGUCAAGUACUACAAUGCAGAAGAUUAUGAAGUUGAUAAUUAUAGAAAUGCUGUAGAGAAUUAUCAGGUAGAAGAAUGGAAGUCCUCUGCCUCUUUAAGUUUGCUCAACACAUCACAGAACAUGGUCAUUACCUUAGGUGUGAUGACUGGAGCUCUACUUUGUGCUCACAUGGUGGUUAGUGGUCAAGGUUUGACAGUUGGUGACUAUGUUCUCUUCAGCACAUAUAUUCUACAACUUUAUACUCCUUUAAAUUAUUUUGGAACAUACUACAGGCUAAUUCAAAAAGCCUUCAUAGACAUGGAAAAUAUGUUUGAUCUACUUGAUGAAGAUAGAGAGGUUAAAGAUGAAGUUAAUGCUCCAAGCCUAAGAGUUAUUAAAGGAGACAUUGAAUUUAAAGAUGUCUGCUUCCAUUAUACAGCAGAGAGGCCUAUUUUGAAAAAUAUUAGCUUCAUUGUACCACAAGGAAAAACUGUAGCUUUGGUUGGUCCUUCAGGUAGUGGGAAAACAACAAUCAUUCGCCUCUUGUUUCGCUUCUAUGAUAUCUGUUCUGGUGAGAUCACUAUAGAUGGCCAGAAUAUAGCAAAGGUGACACAGAAAUCCCUAAGGAAACACAUAGGAGUCGUACCUCAAGACACUGUUCUUUUCAACAGUGAUAUCAGGUACAACAUCAGGUAUGGACGAGUGUCGGCUACAGAUGAAGAAGUAGAAGCUGCCGCCAAAGGGUCAGAUAUUCACAGCAGGAUUCUAGACUUUCCCGAUGGCUAUAAAACAGUUGUGGGAGAACGUGGUUUAAAACUUAGUGGAGGAGAAAAACAGCGUGUAGCUAUAGCCAGAACCUUACUUAAAGCUCCUGAAAUAGUUUUACUUGAUGAGGCCACAUCUGCUCUGGACACUAAGACAGAAAGGCAUAUUCAGGAUUCCCUUACUAAAGUAUGUACUAAUAAGACAACAAUCAUUGUAGCUCACAGAUUGUCUACUAUAAUUCAUGCAGAUGAAAUCCUGGUUAUAAGAGAAGGAGAAAUCAUAGAACGAGGAAGACAUGAAGAACUUCUAAAACUGAAUGGAUCUUAUAGCGAAAUGUGGCAUCAACAAAUCCAAAAGAGAGGUCACACCUCAGAGUCUGAUAACAGUACAUUGGAGACAUAAUGAUUGGUAGGUCCAUAGGUGCAGUCACGGGUUAAACUUUGGAGGGGAGGGUAUACGUGCAGCAGUUAUUGGGGCUGAGAAAACAUUUUAAACUUCCUUAUUGAGACCUUGGAUGGAUCUGCAGAAACCAUUGUAAUUUCCAUUGUUCUGAUAUUUGAAUCACAAAUUUUUUUGAGAAAUUUUGAACAUGAUUUACAAGAAGACAAGAAUCAUUUUGAGUAAUAGUAUUAUAUACUAAUUUUGUUGAGUUACAAUUAGUAAUACACUAUGUAAAUUAUAUCCAUGGAUUUUGUAUUGGGCACAAUCAAGCUGGAACUCGUGCCUAACAAGGUGAUAAUAAUGUGUUUGAUUUAGAGAUCCAUAUACAAUUACCUGGAUGGAUACUGAUUCAAAUGGCAUAUCCAUACUUGUUAAGAUAAUUUACUCAUUUUAAACCACUGGGAAAGAGGGGGACAACAAAUAUAUUGUUCAUCCUCCCCAGUCAAGAUAUUGGGGUACCAAAUCCCUCCCAUUUCCACUCGGAGGCAGCACCUAAGAGUAAACCUAUUACAGUCCUGUUAUCCAUAAUUUGUUUUAAUUCUUGAAAGGAUCUAUUAACUUUGAUAGGUUUGAAUUGUAGGCUUUCUUAUUGUAACUUGUCAGUUUUGUAAACAGUAGUUUUUCGUAAAUGAUCUUCAUGUCACUCGUAUUCUGCAAUAAAUAUUUUUUACAUAUUUACUCAAAACAUGGGUAUUUCAAAAUAUAAAAAUAUUGUAUUGUUAGCUGCUUUCAUAUUUGACAGUUAUGAUUUUUUCUUUCUGCUAUUAUUAUCAACAUAAUUUUAUGAGAUCUGAAGAGUAAUUAACUACUAACUUCAUAUUAAAAAUUAUAUAUUUUUUGUUAGCCUGUGGUUAUUUUAAAAGAGCCAUGAGCUGUCAAAAAUACUUGAAUGACAGAAAAGUCUGGAAAUUUCAAUUAUUUAUAGUUUUUAACCAUGCAUUUCAACACAUAUUGUAGGUAUCUUUUGCAUUUUAAUUCAGUUUUUCUAGACAUAUUUUAUUAAAGGAGCCUUUUUUUAUGGUUUGACAAACUUUUUUUACCCAGGCAUGUACAUCUCUUGUUAUAUAAAUAUUUAUCUGUCAAAAAGAGAAGUGAUGGUGUAGUGGUCAAUGGUUUAAGUUCAUACAAAGAUAACUGAUAUUAUUAAGCCUUUUUAUUUUCCUUGUUUUUUUUUUCAAAAUAUUUAUUAGGAACUUUAGUUUAAAUAAUUUUUGUAUUUUUAGCAACUUCUAAAUAUUGUAUGUGUAAGCUUUAUUGAAUAAAUGAAUUAUUGAACAAGUGAUGGUAUUUUAUAACUUGAAUUUAUCUAUAAGUGAAACUGUAUAAUGAAGCAGAAAUAUUACUUAUAUUAGUAUGCAUCCACUUACAAAGUAAAAUUACAGUUUUUGUUAUUUUAAUAGUGUAGUCCUUGUUUUUAACUCCUGUAUGAUGGCUUUCUAAAAUAUAUGUAUUAAAAUACCUAAGUUAAACAGCCAAUGCUUUAUCUAAUAUUUCUGAAAUUUUAUCAAUAGAUGUCUUUCUGGUGUCAAGGGGCCGGCAUGGCCAGGUGGUUAG